GCUGCUACUGAACCGUUUGGCUCUUUUCUCUACUAGCGAGCAAACCUACAAUCUAGACCCAACUGUACAUCCAGCUCAUUUUUAAGGGGAUUUAUUACUAUAUAUGCCCGUGUUUCCAAAACACAUCGGUCAUUGGGGAUUCCUAGCCCCGCUCGGCCGGGUCUAAAGGCAGUUAUAACGCUUUUUUCGAGGUGUAAUUAGAGCUAGAAAACAACGGUGGUGGAGGAGAUUCCAUAUUAGGAGCACAGAGGAGAAGGCACCCCCCCUUGUGUGAUUUGGAGCUUUUGGUUCUGGGCCCAUGGUACAAGGUCCUGACUGAAUACACUGGUGGUGCAGACAGACUUACUACUGUGGCUAGGUUUGUGCGUGCUGACCUCAUGGUGUAACAGGAGUAAAGAUGAGCAUUAGCAGUGAUGAGGUCAACUUCCUGGUCUACAGAUACCUACAGGAGUCAGGGUUCUCCCACUCAGCGUUUACCUUUGGUAUAGAGUCUCACAUCAGCCAGUCCAACAUCAAUGGUGCUCUGGUUCCCCCUGCUGCCCUGAUCAGCAUCAUCCAGAAGGGCCUGCAGUACGUGGAGGCUGAAGUCAGCAUCAAUGAGGAUGGCACGUUAUUUGACGGCCGGCCCAUUGAGUCCCUGUCCCUGAUCGAUGCGGUGAUGCCCGAUGUGGUUCAGACGAGGCAGCAGGCUUACCGAGACAAAAUGGCCCAGCAGCAGGCCGCGGCUUCAGCGCCAGCGUCGGCCACCGGGGGCAGCAUCGCGGGCAAUGCCAAGAAUGGAGAGAACACUGCCAACGGGGAGGAGAACGGAGCCCACGCCUUAGCAAAUAAUCACGCAGACCUGAUGGAAGUAGAUGGAGAUGUGGAGAUCCCUCAGAACAAAGCCAUGGUCCUGAGGGGCCAUGAGUCAGAAGUCUUUAUCUGUGCCUGGAACCCAGUCAGCGACCUGCUGGCAUCGGGGUCUGGCGAUUCGACAGCUCGUAUUUGGAACCUGAGUGAGAACAGUACAAGCAGCUCCACACAGCUGGUCCUGAGGCACUGCAUACGAGAGGGAGGACAAGAUGUCCCCAGCAACAAAGACGUCACCUCACUAGACUGGAAUAGCGAGGGAACGCUGUUAGCGACAGGCUCCUAUGACGGCUUUGCCAGAAUAUGGACAAAAGAUGGUAACCUGGCCAGCACUCUGGGCCAGCACAAAGGUCCCAUCUUUGCCCUUAAGUGGAACAAAAAAGGCAAUUUUAUCCUGAGCGCAGGAGUAGACAAGACAACAAUCAUAUGGGAUGCUCAUACAGGAGAAGCCAAACAGCAGUUUCCUUUCCACUCAGCUCCGGCACUAGACGUGGACUGGCAGAGUAACAAUACGUUUGCCUCCUGUAGCACAGACAUGUGCAUCCACGUCUGUAAACUGGGACAGGACCGACCCAUUAAAACAUUCCAGGGACACACAAACGAAGUAAAUGCAAUCAAGUGGGAUCCAACAGGGAACCUUCUAGCCUCCUGCUCAGAUGACAUGACGCUGAAGAUCUGGAGUAUGAAGCAGGACUCGUGUGUCCACGACCUGCAGGCCCACAGCAAAGAAAUCUACACCAUCAAAUGGAGUCCCACUGGCCCUGGAACAAACAAUCCCAGCGCUAACCUCAUGCUAGCCAGUGCAUCGUUUGAUUCCACAGUCCGUCUUUGGGACGUGGAUAGAGGCAUCUGCAUCCACACGCUGACCAAACACCAGGAGCCCGUCUACAGUGUGGCUUUCAGCCCCGACGGGCGCCAUCUGGCCAGCGGCUCUUUUGACAAAUGUGUGCACAUCUGGAAUACACAGACGGGAGCUUUAGUCCACAGUUACAGAGGAACGGGGGGAAUCUUUGAGGUCUGCUGGAACGCAGCCGGGGAUAAAGUGGGAGCCAGCGCAUCAGACGGAUCCGUGUGUGUAUUAGACCUUCGGAAAUAGUGCUGCCGUUUGUUGGAAGCCAUGGACCGACCAUGAAUGUGUACAUAGCCAAAUGACUGUCCCUGCCUGCCCUGCCCUGCGUACUGCUCAUGCUUACGACUUCGGCCCCGCCCACCGACAGGAAGCAGGGAACAGGAACAGGAAGCGAGCACCCGACACAGCAGGUCCAGACACGGGGAUGAACGGACACACAGAUGGAUAAACGUGCGGAUGGACGCGGCCCUCUCUGUCUGCGCAGACUCUUAAAGAGAUGCAGGAGGGACGCGGCGAAAAACGGAAAAAAAAAACAAAAAACUGAUAGACAAAAAAAAGUUACAGAUCCGUAUAUGUACCAAAAUUUGGAAGCUGUUUUGCUUUUUUCGAUCUUUAAACCAUGCUCAUCGUCAUCAAAAUGAAAAACUAUGAAAAAGUGUUGAUCUUUGUUACUAGUUGGAUCUCUUUGUGCGGACAUAUCUCCACAACAAAAAUAGGAUGGCACUUAGUUUUUUUAAAAUUUCAGAUCUCUUGUUUCAAUGUUUUUAUAUUUUCUAUCAUCGUGGGGAAGUGGUGCAGGGUGUGGGGGGGGGCUCGGUUAGGUUUUACAUGCUUAGGACGACAGACACGCAGGCAGACAUACUCGAACACACGCCAAACCGUUAAGAAGAGCAGCAUCCCGCCUCGAUUUCCAAACAGCGAAAGGUUUUUCUUCUUCGUGUGUUUCAGUGACUCCUGCCUGCAGCUGUGAGCGGGUCCUGUGGUUAAAUGCAGUACGGAAAGGUUCCUCCUUCGUGCUUCUACACAGGCACAUCAAACAGGCCACGAUCCUUUUACCCCUCUGAUGAAAACAUUCUGACUGUUGCCUUCAGGAAGUCCCGGCCCAAACACACAAAUGUACAAGAAUAACUACGCAAACAUCUUGACCGUCUCAGACCUAAAGUGUGCUACUGAAAGAACUCAGCAUCACAGAGUCUGUGCUGCCGGACUCUGUGAUACCUGCCGAGGGCCGAGCCAAAGAAAGCUGAGAGUGUCGCCGCAUCCAAGACAGUUACAUAAAUAAAUACGCGGUGCCCAACGUGGAAACGUUUGCUUUCUUAUUGGCUGGACGGCUGUUGUAGAGUUAAAGUCAGAUGGUGUGCACGUUUAGCCUCGUAGCUCCUUGUUUGCAUCAGUUUCAUUCUGGUACCGGUGAAGCUGAUGGAAACGAACCAUUACAUCAUUCUGACUCAUCGCUGACAGCUGUUCCUUUUUUCUUCCAAAUGUGACAUCAUCAGCAGGAAGUGUGCACAUGCUUCCUGCUGAUAAUAAUCAUAACUCCCUUUUUACGUUAAGGCGUCCACAUUGAGUCUACACGCCAGUGCCACUGACAGCAUUUAGACCUGUGCAGUGUGCCUCUGUUUCACUGCAGUUCUGCCGCCUGAACACUAGGUGGCGAUGGAGUUUCUUUCUUUGAGUUGAUCCAUUCUCUCCCAGCUGAUCUGAAAAAUGGAGGCAUUAGUAAUAGUGGCCAGAAAUGCGUACAUUGAAUCAAUGACGGCGAAGAGGCCACGAACAUCGUGCCCUACGGUGAUGCAGCAAGUUAUGAUGUUAGUUACGGCCGUUAUAGCGUCUCUGUGGAGUGUGACGCCACUGUUAGGUGGACCAUCUAAAACAGAUGUCAAACUCCCGGCUCCGCCCCCUACUUCCGGCCUGCGAAUUGAUGUCAAAAAUAAGAUACAAUUUGGCCCUUUAAGUUACUUUUUUGACAUUUCGCCUUCCCCUCCAAUUAAGAGGGUUAAGCAGGCUGAGAGUUUGACACCCCUGAUCUGUUUCAGAAUGAUAGAAAAUGGCAGGAAGUACAUGAGGUCCAUUGUACAGAGUACUUUCAGACGCUGCCUCAGUCUGCUCUAAAAAUCCACUUUAAUCAAAGUUCCCAGCUCAGCUCUGAAAACAGUCAUUCCUUGGCUUUGCCCUCCCAGUGGCUUCAGAAAAGUCCCUAAAAUAUUUUUAUAAUCAAAACUUUAGGGUUUUUGUUUUUUUUUUAAAACAAUUUUUUAAAUAAAUGGUCAGAUUGUCCCUGGCAGGCAGGCGGGCUGCUCAGAGCGACCCUUUAGAUCAGGAGGAACUCAUCAGAGGCACCGAAGGACAAACACACAGCUAAGAAGUCACAGCGUGACAGUUUUGGUGAAUCCAAAGUAAAACAUGAAGCUGCAUCUUUUAGCUCAUCGCCCUCUCUCCAUCGUUCUUGGUUCUUAAGCACCAAAAAUUCAGCUUAAAUUUUCGUGUCACGGUCCCUGCUGACGGCGUUUUAUACUCUUUUAAAGACAGAUUUAACGUUUUUGUAAUUUCUUUGUAGAUCUGAAGAAAAAAUGUGAAUUGAUUUAUUGGCAGUGUUAAUUUCCAUGUUGAAUAAAUUUUAAAGGUUUGUCUUUGUUACUCUGAUGCAGACAGUAAAGGUCGACCCUGUAAUGUAAGGCUUUCUGCGCUGAGCUGUCAUUAUGAAGGCACCUUGCCUGGGGAGUGUUUUCCCAGGACCGGAUCACCACUAAAUUUAUGUUUUAAUAAAGAAAUGUUUUACUUUUUA